AUUUUAAUACAAUAUGGAAGUUUUUUUUAGUUUAGUUACUUCGUUUUAAAGUCAGCUCCUGUCAGAAGUAAUCAAAUUUUCAGCCCAGUCCUGGCCGAGGUUCCACAUGAGAAACCUCUUUGUUCGGAACCAUAGCAACAAUUUUCCCGCCAUUGUCUCUAUCAGCACCACCGUUUGUUUUUCCAACAAAAGGACGCCAUGUUUCACGCAGCGCUGCCUUCAUUGUUCUGUGCAAUUAUAGUGUUUUUAGGCCCUUGUGUAAGUCGUGGAAAGAAGGCAUUUGCCUUGAAUGGCGUCAUGAAUCGAAUUCACUUAGAAGGGGUACAUUUUACAGCUGAGGUUUAGAGUUAAUGCAACGAAUCAGAACUUGGAAAAUCGUUAGAAUCAUCUUGUAACACGGGGUGAACGAGCUUUGUUCGGUUUCAGGAAUGCGCUAUACCGUAUCUGUUUUCCUUCCUCGUGGGUCAGUGGAUGUGACCGACAAAUAUAAGUCCUAGGAACUGUAUUUCAAUGGAAAACAGCUGCCCUGGCUGCCUAAAGGAACGGGAAAGAAGGUUCAAGUCAAAGAACUGCUUUGACUCUAAGCUGGAUUUGUCAAGAAAGAAAGUAGUCGGUGAUCGUCAGCAUGAACCUUGGUAUCAAAGCUUAAGGCAAGAUUUGCCAACAGGGAACCAGGCUUGCCUACAGCAAGGAAGUGUUGAGAGCUCAGAUGAUGAGUGGUCUGAGCUCUCUUUUUACGAUUUGCCAGAUACCUUGAAGGAUUCUAUUCACAAAUCAGUUCACCCUGCAGAAUUCACCAUUCAGUCGCACAUGGUAUCCAGACCUCCUUAUCAUGCUACUGCAGAAGCUCACCGAGCUCACACAUUCCUGGACAGUGAGGUAUCUAAUCCUUUCAGCUUAGUGAUGGGAGACUCAAGCAAUCCAUCCUCAGGAUGUCUUCCCUCAGGGACUGCACAUCUCAGUGGCAAUCAAAGUACAGAGGGCAAUGCAACUGGCAACAGUGCAACAGUUAAUGAAGGAAUGCAGGACGCGGUUGUGACUUCAUCUAAACCGUUUGAUGGUAGCUUGUACUACAGACAAUCCAAUGUGAUGCUUAAUGGUAAACCAAGGAGAGAGAUUCCAGUUGACAAUUGUCAGCACAAUGGGCACUACGAGUCCAGUUACCCUCUUUCCACUAGAUCUUCCACUCAAGUUCAAAUUAAAGUCCCUCCUGUACUAGUCUCCUCUGAGGUAUCCACACAUAAGCCAGUUAUAGCAAGAAGAAAUGUCAAUGGAGUAGUGCCAGGUAACAGAGAAAAUGCCAGUCAUUUGGAAAGACUCAAAAAGAGUCUUUCAUCAAGUGGAAGCCACACAAUUUCCAGUUCUCAGGAGGCAUUGGCCAAUAAAUUUAUGCAAAGAUCAAGGGAAUUGUUACAUAAAAAGGAAAGGCACAAAAAUGAUGCAGAAAGAAAGAAAGAACAUUCUCCUAAGUCAGUUUCAUUUGCAAAUUCUGUAAAGGGCAUUAACAUGCCAAACGAAACAACUGUGCCAGGGAAAGAAGAAGGAAGAGGUUAUUUGAAUGGGUCUGUUACACCACGGAAGCCGAAGAUACAGAGCAAUGUGGUACUGAGUAGUGGCUUAGGGCAAAACCUGAUUGGAUGUGGAUUACAAAACAGUGAGAUUAAAAGAAGUUUUGAUCUGAAACCACGGCAACAGUCAACAGUAGAGAGGGAAAGCCCCUUUGAAAAGAAAGACACCAAAUAUGGUGAUGUGGGUGAUGUCCCUCUGCCACCCUCCCCUCCCACUAGAGAUACUAAUAGAAUUCCAGAUUGCUGUGAUUCACAGCAGAGCUCUGGUUCUGUUCAAAUCUUGUCGCUGUACGACGAACACAGCUUGUUUGCUUCAAAUUUCUCCAGGAAUUCUGGCUCACUGCCCAGGCAAUCAAAUGUCAGAUUGGAAUAUGAUGGACGUGAAACUUUGCAUUCUAGUAGAGCUGUGUCUCUAGCACCAAAGAGGGAUCAAUUUCUCCAACAGUCCAACAGUAUAGUGGAUGUGACUGCCAAUCGUAGUUUGAGGUCGAGUGUACAAAGCAGAGAUGCUAGUCUCACAAUUGAAGAGUUACUGAGCAGUGGAAGUGUGUACUCAAGUCCAGAAAGUUCACCUCCAACCAAGGUGACUCAACCUCUGUUUGACAGGAACAGCUAUUGCAGCAAGAGAGAACACUCACUUGAUGAUUAUGUUGACGAAAAAGGAAAUGUACUGCAAGAUAUAAGCUUGACAAACUCAUUUUCAGUUGAUACAUCACAAAGAAUUUCCUCUGCACUUUGGGCCAUGAAGCUUAUAGAAGCCACGCGUUCAUCUAGCCCAAACUCGUAUCAAGAGCUGCUCAUUAAGGGUCGCAUGUUUCGACGCUGGUACCAGAAAACAAGGCUAAAGAGACUCAUUAAACAGGAGGAUGAGGUCAAGUUGCAGAGUGCUGUGACUUUCUGGCAAACAGAGAUGCAACAAAAAUGCUUUGAAGCUUGGAGAAAUGCAAGAUAUGCCCAACAAGAAAAGGCUGACAAGCUGCGGAGGAAGCAAAUGUUGCAGAAAGGGAUAAGUGCAUUACGAUUUGCUGUCAAUCAGCACAAACAGUCAGCUGUUGAGGUACAGACCAGGACGAGUGCAAGGAUUAUGGCAAAGUACUGGCUGAAGUGGCAAAAGGGUGUUGAGAUGAAGGUAACAACUCGGCUCAAAGAAGCAUUUGACAAAUGGCACAUGUUUAAAAUGGAUCAGAACAGGGAUGCAAUGAUGGAGGAGAUGGCUGACAGGCAGGUUUUAUCAAGAAACUAUACAAAAUGGAAGAUAAAGUACGAGACAGAACAGAAGAAUGGUGUAGCUUCAUUACACUUCAAAAUUGGACUGUUGACAAAGAACUGGCACAGCUGGCGACUCUAUGCCUCUCAGAGAGUGGUCAAGACAAGGCUUAAAGACGUUGCCAGAGUUCAUUAUGAAGAACAUUUACAAGCUAGACUGUUUUCAGUGUGGAGAGAGAACACAAACAAAGCUGUUGUGGCCCACAGUUUGACAUCGAAACGCAUACUUGUAAAAGCCUUCUGUUGCUGGAAGAACUGGACACAAUAUGCAAAAAUUAUUCGACUGCGAUUCCAAAGCAUGUGUAAGGAAUACCAUCGUCACAAGUUGGCUAAGCAGUCUUUCCAUCACUGGAAAGAUCGUCUGAUGAACAGGCAGGCGGAUAGGAUCUACAGAGGGGGUCUUCAAAGGAAGAUUUUCAAGCUGUGGUUUUUGCGCUACAAGAGAAAAGUCAUUCAUCGUCAUCUUUGCAAGGCUUUGGCCAAAAAGGGAAAGAAGCGUCGUUUCUUCAACAGAUGGUCAACCUUCACAAAACAGCAGACGGAAAGAAGAAGAGCCUUUGCUGGCUCUUUGGAGCGCAUGUUAGCAGGCACCAUGUUGAACAACUGGAGACAACAUGUGAAGAUGAAGAAAGCUCUCAGGGGUAAAGAACUACAGCUGCUCCAAAAGAAGAACCACCUUGCAUCAAGAAAAAUGAUGGAUCGCUGGUUGUUCGCCAUGAAAGUUGUUAACUUCAGAAAGAAAGCAAGAAUAAACUGGUCAAGACGCUGUAUAAGGAAAGCUUGUGAAGCGUGGAAGAUUCUUCUGAAGAGGAAAUACUUGGAGCAGAGGUUGAUAGAUAAUCGAAGCAUCUGGCAACUUCUGACUAUGAAGAGAAUAUUCAAGAAAUGGAGGCAGCAAAAGCGGAAAGUGGACGCGGAAAACGAGAAGGCAUUUAGAGCAAGGGCCAUCUUGACACGAAACUUCAAAGCUCGAGUUCUUCAAGCUUGGAGAGUUGUGAAUCAAGAACAACAGAUCAUCUCACCCAUGGUGGCCAGAAGAGAAAGAAAAGAAAUGGCAAGGGUGUUUGAUGCAUGGAGAUUGCACGUGUAUCGUCAAAAGAAUAUUAUUGAUCAAAAGACAAGAGCGACUGAGAAAAUACUGGACAAACAUUUCCUGUUUUGGAGGGAUCAAGCAUAUCUUCGUGUUAAGGAAAGACAAGCUAAGGAAUCACUGUUGGAAAGUAAAUUGUCAAGAGCGUUCACAGCUUGGAGAACUCACGUCAAGGACGAACGACUCAACAAACUGAAAAUGCGAGCACGAAGAUUUGAGCUGAUGGAAAAGUUUUAUUCCAGGUGGAAGGAAAAGGUUCAACACAGGGCCGAGGAGAAAAUUGAGGAGACUGGGAAGGAGGCUCGUGGUUUGCUGCUGGUCAGGUGGUCUUUCAAGUUUUGGCGGACGUCUGCAGACCAUCAGAGGGAGUGUCGCUUGAAACAACAAGAAACCGCUGACAACGUCUACAAGAAGUCUAUCACGAGAAAGGCCUGGGCUGUUUGGGUCAGGAAAUACCGCGUGGAGGGGUGGGCGAGAAAUCACGCCCUAGCCAGGAAAGAAGGCUUUCUGCGGAAGAUAUUUCAAGCGUGGCAGAGGUUCAUCAAAGACACCAUCCAGCGUGAGAUGCAGCAGUUUGCUACCUCCCUGUCCGGCCUGGAUUCAUCCUUUGGGUCUUUCUCUCCUUUUCGCAAUACCUUGGGCUCGACUAUGGGCUCCACCCUUGGCUCCACCCUGUCGGACGCGCUGGCUUCGUCUGGGUAUGGAGCCUCCAUCAGGAGAGGGUCGGGCAGUGUGUUUACGUUUGGGCUGCCACUCAAAGAGAGAGAUGAUGACAUCGCUUCGUUGCCAGGACGAUUUGAUCAAAUAGAUCACCUGCAAAGGCCAGAGAGUCCCAAUAUCCGAGCGAUUUCUCCCAUAUCUAUCCUGAGAGACGCCCAUCCCGUCUCCCCCUUAGUGUUUAAUUCAAACCAUUCCAGCCCUGCCACCACCCCGUACCCGAGUCCUGAACAUCACCCGCCGUCAACUCCUCCUAUCAGGCUGGAAGACUUCUCGCCUGUGAAGUCAGAAGAUGAUACUGGGAUUCACUCUGGGAGCAGCGAAUCUGAUCAUGAGGAUGAUCGAAUGAGCACUGCCUCGUGCACCUCGUUCACCGGCCGCAGUACUCAGAGCGAAGUGAGAGACCGGGAGCUGAUGGCGACAGAGACCAUCCUUCACUGGAGGAAUCUGCCUCUUAGCCUGACGUUCAGAACAUGGCUGAAGUUCACGCGGCAGAGAAAAGUUCAAAGGGAACUGCUGAAUUACAUCACAAACAAGAAGACUAUGGAACUAAUGGUCAACACUUUAGCCACAUGGAGGAGAGAGCUUCACACGAAGGUCACCGCGAGGCAACACUGGCUUCACACGUCUCGUCUAAAAUGCCUAAGGACCUGGUACGAGUACACGGUCACAAAGAGGAUCCAGGAGGAGAGGAAACUGCUGGCUGAUGGACACCGUAGGCUCACAAGGCUCAAAGGAAGCUUUCAGAAGUGGAAUAAAAGGUGCUCUGCUAAGAGGAAACUACAAGACCUAAUUGGACAGUGGCAAAAGAAGGCUAUUGUGAGUGAGAAAGACAAAAGCUCUACUCAAGUUAUGCAGAAGAAGCAGCAUGCCAGAUUUGUGCGACAGACCUUCACUUACUGGGUACAGAUGACCAGGAAGAGCCAAGAAGCCAAGAGACUGUACACAGAGCGGCUUCUGCCAAAGUGUUUUGUAGCAUGGCAUGUUCUCGCCUCCACUCGGGUCUCUAACAGAAGAAAAGUUGUUCUAUUUGAAGAAAGACGACUUCUGACCAUGGCGUUUAGAGAAUGGCAAGAAAGAUUUCAAGCCGUCAGCCGAGUGGAUGAGUUUAUCGAGAUUAAAGAAGCUGGUCGACUGUUAGAAAUUCUCCAAGUGUGGCACAGCUGGGCGAGUGGCAUGAACACUCGAAGGAAGCAAGCUCGUCUGUUCCGUCACUCUGUGGAACUGAAGAUUACAAGAGAGAUUUUUACCGAGUGGUUAAGCCGAGCUCAGCAGCUGCAGUUAGCCAAGAGAACGCACGAGAUGCAUAUAUUGAAAAGUGUGUUUGUUGGUUGGAAAGAUGUAGCUCUCGAAAGAUCAAGAAACAGGCGGGCAAUGCACGCAUUCAGGAACAACUGUGCUGCAAACUUGCUUGCUCGAAACUUCCGUUUUUGGCAGCAGCUGCUGGCACAUUCCGAGUUAUCGCGGGUUCACAGUCAGCAGCGCGACCACAAUGUAUUACGGGAAUGUUUUGAGGAGUGGAGAGAUUUUACGUUGGAAAUCAGGGCUGACAAGUAUUACGUCAUGGCGAUGCAAAAGAAGAUGUUCUUGAGUUGGUACGACGAAUACACCUCACGAAAAACUACCCGCCGUCUUAUCUACACUUGGAAGAGCAUAACAGAAGAAGCUAAGGUGUUGAACACGAGAGCCAUGCACAUCGCCGAGGAUUCUGAGAAGAAGCUGUUACGACGCAUGUUUGAUUACUGGGUACAAGAGACACACAAAGUACAGAAAGCCAAGAAUUAUGCACGAGAAAAAGUGAUGAGAAGCACGUUGUUAGGAUUGCACGAGUAUGUGCAAUCUCAUACAGAGAAACGGAAAGUCUUGCAAGAAAUACAGCAAACGAAAUCACACGAACUGGUGUCCAACUCUUUCCAAACUUGGAAGGAGCGAUACCAGCGAAAUAUGAGAAACCAAGAACUUCUGGAAGAACAUCUGCAAAAGAAAGAUUCUGAAUUGUUACAUUAUUGCCUUGUGAAGUGGGUGAAGUUCAUGCUGCGAUGCAAGGCGCAGAAAUCCUACCAGAAGAAACUUGUGCAGAAGUGUUUCGCAAAAUGGUGGUUUGCACUGUACACCAAGAAAGGAUCUGAGAAAAUUCAAGAGAAAAUCUUGGUCAGAAGAACUCGUGAAGCUGGUCUCCAUUGGAAACAGUGGACAUUUAAGGUGAAGAAACAAGCUGUAAUGGCGGAUGAUCUGCAAACACAACAUGGCCGACGCCUGCUGCAUUCUUACUUUAAGCAAUGGACAGAGAAAACUCGACAGAUGCAAAGAGCGAAAGAGCUGCACAACCAAACACUUCUGAAGAGAUCGCUUGUAGAAUGGCGUAAAGUUGCAAGAAAAAGAAUUGAUGAGCGCAAGAAGAUUAAAUCUUUUCAAGACCAAACAAUGAACAAGAAGGUUUCUCGCAUGUUCUAUGAGUGGCGUGAGGCGUUGAAAGUCGCUCGCAAACAGACACAACUGAUAGACGGUCAGAUGGUUCAUCAUAACAGACGAGUGAAGCAGGGCUGCAUGGGACAGUGGAAAAAGUUUACACUUAAGAGCCGAGCGGAUAAACACUGUAACAAGAAUGUCACUGCCAAGUUUUUUGCGGACUGGAAGACCAAGACAGAGCUAAAGCAGGCAGAGAAAGAAAAGGCAAAGCAACAAGAACAGAUUGCUGACCAACAUUAUCAUCAAACGCUGAGCAAAAUGUGUUUCCGUGCCUGGUUACAUGACGUGAAACUUGAGUUGUUCAACAAACAGAAGGAGUCGCGUAUUGUUGAGAGACACUUCAACAUGUGGAAGAAGAGAAUCGACUUGAACUCAAUUGCCACUGAAAUGGUUGAUCGUCGUGUAUACGAAAAGUUCUGGGCAAAAUGGCGUCAUCAGUUGAUAAGGAAGAGGGUUUCUCAAAUGAUGAUGAAGCACGAAGAGAAAAAGCAACUGUCUGAGGUUUUCAUGGCUUGGUAUCAACUGACUCUAGUCCGCCGUCGCUUACUAAAAGAAUGGCGUAUGUACAAGACUAAGAAGCUGUUCAGAUUAUGGAUGCAAAAGUACAAUGAAUCUUGAACUCCAACCAAACAGCAUCAUUGGAAAUCUUAGAAGACAAACUACUAGUUAUUUCCUUGUGUGAAAAAAUGUCAAAUCACCUUCUUUACAUAGUUAGGCUCUGUUCACACUAGCGACAUAACAACAUAAUCGCUCAUGUCGGUAAUGUGAACAUUGACAUAAAGAAAACGGAAGUAUCAGUUUUUCCCCCUAAUCUCCAUAAGUUCAUGUUGUUAUGUUGCUAUUAGAUCAUUAUGCCAGGAUAUUCACACUGCAAACAUAACGACAAACCGUAUUUCUUAUGUCGUUAUGUUGUUAGUGUGAACUAGGCCAUACAGGCACCAACGUAUAUAAUGUAAAAUCAUUCCAAAGAAAAGAGCAAAAGAAUCAUGUUAUUUUGUUAUUUAUUUUUACAGUAUUUUCUAUUUCCAAGAUUAAAUGAUGUACAAGAUGAUUUUAGUUACAGAAGGUAGAUAUUUAAUAAAUCUAGAAUUAACUAUUUAUUUUGUAGAGCAACUUUUGUGUAAAAUAUUGACAGGGCUUGAAAAUCGUCCCGUGACAUCCAUACGUUUUGGUCGCAAAAUCUUCAAUCGGGAUAAUUUUUUUGUGGGAUAAGAGAGAACUGGUUGUAGCAUGAAUAUAAGAAUUAUACAAAUGGAAUGAAAUAAAGGAUUUUUUUAGUAAUAUA